CCGCCCCCCACUAGCCCCGGUGAGCGGCGGUCCCCGCCAAUGGGCCUGGCCGAGGCCCUGCGCCGCCUGAGCGGCGCCCUGGAGUCGGGGGCCGGCGGGGCGGGCGACGAGGAGGCCGGGCCCGGGCUGUGCCGCAACGGGUGGGCGCCGGCCCAGUGCCCGGCGGCGGCGGCGGGGCGGCGCGGAGGGCGCUUCGUCAAGAAGGACGGCCACUGCAACGUGCGCUUCGUGAACCUGGGCGGCCAGGGCGCGCGCUACCUGAGCGACCUGUUCACCACGUGCGUGGACGUGCGCUGGCGCUGGAUGUGCCUGCUCUUCUCCUGCUCCUUCCUCGCCUCCUGGCUGCUCUUCGGCCUGGCCUUCUGGCUCAUCGCCUCGCUGCACGGCGACCUGGCCGCGCCGCCGCCGCCCGCGCCCUGCUUCUCCCACGUGGCCAGCUUCCUGGCCGCCUUCCUCUUCGCGCUGGAGACGCAGACGUCCAUCGGCUACGGCGUGCGCAGCGUCACCGAGGAGUGCCCGGCCGCCGUGGCCGCCGUGGUGCUGCAGUGCAUCGCCGGCUGCGUCCUGGACGCCUUCGUGGUGGGCGCCGUCAUGGCCAAGAUGGCCAAGCCCAAGAAGCGCAACGAGACGCUCAUCUUCAGCGAGAACGCCGUGGUGGCGCUGCGCGACCGCCGCCUCUGCCUCAUGUGGCGCGUGGGGAACCUGCGCCGCAGCCACCUGGUCGAGGCCCACGUGCGCGCCCAGCUGCUGCAGCCUCGGGUGACCCCCGAAGGUGAGUACAUACCCCUGGACCACCGGGACGUGGACGUGGGCUUUGAUGGCGGCACGGACCGCAUCUUCCUGGUGUCUCCCAUCACCAUCGUGCACGAGAUCGACUCCUCCAGUCCCCUCUAUGAGCUGGGGCGUGCGGAGCUGGCCCGGGCCGACUUCGAGCUGGUGGUCAUUCUCGAGGGCAUGGUGGAGGCCACGGCUAUGACCACGCAGUGUCGCUCUUCCUAUCUCCCCGGUGAGCUGCUCUGGGGCCAUCGUUUUGAGCCCGUCCUCUUCCAGCGUGGCUCCCAGUAUGAGGUGGACUAUCGCCACUUCCACCGCACUUACGAGGUCCCGGGGACACCGGUCUGCAGUGCCAAGGAGCUGGAUGAGCGGGCAGAGCGGGAUUCCCACAGCCCCAAGUCUAGCUUCCCUGACUCGCUGACUGCAUUUUGUUAUGAGAAUGAACUUGCUCUGAGUUGCUGCCGGGAGGAAGAGGAAGCCGAAGGGGGAGAUGAGUCGGAGGCCGAAGAGGGGGCUGCCAGCCCCCGAGUACUCACACCCACCCUGUCUCUGACCCUGCCCCCAUGAUGCCAGCUGGUGUCCCCCAUUUGUAUCCCCUUCCCAGAGGUAGCAAAAUGGAGAGCCCGGGCCCUCUCCUGGGACCGACAGGCCUGCCGGGUAAAUUAUUAGCUGGUGAAGUUCUGCCUGCCUAGUGGACCCACCAUGGACACACUGGAUUUUAAUUCCUCUGUGUUGUGUGCUCCCCCCUGAGACCCCUGUAUCGGCCUGAUUCCGGAGUCUGACCAGAGCUAAGGGAUCCAGGAUUCUGGACCACCCAAGAGGCAAGGACUGGUGGUUCUAGAUUCUUCUAUAUGGCUGGCGUGGGUUGUUGAGCAGGGUCCGGAAUCAGAGACAUAGUCUGCCUCUGGGGGAGGAAGUCAGUUCUCCAGCAGCGAGUGAGAGCGAGAGUUUAUAGGCCUGGAUUGGUUUAAUAGUCAAGGGACUAUUGCGUCUUGGCUCAGCCAACCAAGAAGCAAGUGGUCUUUUUCUAGACCACCUCAGGAGGAAAAAGUAUGGGACGCUCCAAGAAUUCAGGACUAACUUAUUGACCUGGAAUGUUGACUGCAAGUCAAGAAAAGACCUGUGCUUCCAGAAAGCCCAUGUUUUGAGAUUGUUCAUCUAGACUGGCCUUAGAUAGUAGAAGUACUCCAGGAACUAAAGAGUUGGGUUUCUAGAAUGCACAAAAGAACGGAGAGUCUGCUGGUCUAGGACUGCAGUGACAGAUGAGGAGUUCUUGAUAGUAGAUAACGCCAGACCGGUGGCUACAGAACGUCAAAGCAAGGGGAGAAUCGAUGCUUCUUAAUGACCCACAGGUGUGUGUUUUUAAAGUGCCAUUCUAGAAUGUCCAAAGGAACCAAGAUUCCGUGGCUCUGGAUGGACCACAGAGUCAGGGAAGGAGUGGCGAUCCUAGACGACUUCUUUGUGGUUCUGUAAUGCCAAAAGGAACCAAGGCUUCAGGGAGCCAGAGUUGUCCAUGAUCGAAGCCCGGAAGUUCUAAGCAGCUCCUGGAACAGUUGGACUCAGGACUUGCUAGACAGCAUUUCUGGGCUGACCUGAAGGUGAGGGCCCAGACAAGACCCUGUGGGUAACAGGGCUAGUGAACGGGCACGGGAAGGGAGGGGGCCAUGGCUGGCGAGUCUGCAAUGCUCUGGAACCCUACACCUAGUGAUGUGUAUCUAUUUCUUAAAGAUGUUAUAUAUGUGUGUGUGAUCUCUAUAUAUAAAAGCCCAAUGACUGAACAGCAGAACGACCAGAAAGGCCGGUCAACCUUGCGCGAUGAUGCGCACUGACCACCAGGGGGGCAGACGCUCAACGCAGGAGCUGCCCCCUGGUGGUCAGUGUGCUCCCACAGCGGGUUGAUCCCCGCAGGCCAUGCCCCCUACCAGUGCACAAAUCUGUGCACCAGGCAUCUAGCAUAUAAUAUAAAUACAGAUAUAUAUAUAUAUUGCCCCACCCCCACUCCAUGGUUCUUACAGAAGGAUUAGAAAUGGAGUUUGAGCUCAUUGGAAUGGGAUCUUUCAUAAGGAUCCAGGAAGCUUUGCUCUAAAUCCUAGCUCUGCUUAAGGACUGUGUGACUGGGCACAUCCCUCCUCUUUCCUCACUUCGGUUUCCUCAUCUGUAAAAUCGGGGCACUGGAACUUGAACUUCUCCAAGGGCCUUUCCUCAGGAAUGGUUCCUCACUUCAGGGAGGGGGAGGUGAGGGGAGGGUCCUAGAGACUUCCCAGCUCUCCCUGGUGCAUGGACCCACCAUGGACUCCCAGGGGUGGGAGACGCUCUUGGAGGCCAGCUCUGAGUUUGGACAUCUGAAGGACAGGGCAGGCUGGGUGCAGUGUGGGCUGUGGCUAAGGGCCAGAAUCAACGCCUCCCUCGUCCAGCUUGACGGACAGGAGGUAGCUCUGGAUACCAGGGGCAAGUAGGUGGUUAGGGGGAGAAUUGUCCCCCAGAUUAAACCAUUGGCGCCUGGUGGUGUGUCUGUGAGUGUGCUUCUGGGGCCUGGCCUCUGCCCUUGCUUCUAUCUACCUAAGUGCCCAGCAGGCAGGAAGCCAGCUGCUAAAGGAACCAAUGCCUGUGAGGAUACGUGCCCACCGCUGUGUCCCAGGACUAAGGGUGGGCACUGUCAUUGCCCCUCAGCCUGCCCAGGUGCUGCACCAACCCAGGUCCUCCCUUCUGGCUUCCCCGCCUCCCUUGAUCCUUCAGAAUCCCCACGUAAUAACCGGAUGGGAUUAAUUAGCUGGCUGCCCCCCCCUCGCCCCCCCCAGCUCAGGGAGUCUGGGAUAGGGCCUCGGGACCAUAGAAAUAGGGGUGGAGGAGAAUGCUAAGUGUGAGGUGAAGGGACAGGGACAGGGUUCUGCUUGGAAGGAGAGAGAGUGGGGUCGUGGCAGGCACAGCCUGGGUUUCCAUUGGGGAGGGCAGGGGCUGGGCCACUCCUAAAGGUCAGUGAGAUUAGGACGCUCCAUGUCUAAUCUGUCAGUUUAACCAGAUCCCAGCUCUGAAUCUGUCUCCCCCUGCCUAGCUCAUGGGCCGCAAAUGAGGACAAGUCCCAGACACCACCUCAGACCCCAUUAGGGACCUGCCAAUGACAGGGUACCUGGUUUCUCCAUUCUGCUCAGGGUCCUGCACCCACUUUGGCUGCAAGGCCUGGGAAUGAGAGUGGGAUGGGGUUAGGCCCUAACCAUUAGGGCUUCUGAUGCAGGAGGACUCUGAGAGGAGGGAGGGGAGCAAGAGUAUGAGAGGUGGGGUGCACCUGAAGUGAGGCAAGUUGGAGAGAAGGGAAAGGACCCUGAGAAGGGUCUAGGAAUCAGAGAAGGUGAGAGGGUGCUGAGGAAAAGGGAGUUGUCCAGGGAAGAUGCUACAAUCAGGGGAGGAGCUAGAUGGCACCAGGAAGGCGGGGCCUGUGCUUUCACUAUAUUUGGCCUUUUCCUAUUAUCCCAUUCUCCUUGACAGGUACCAAACAGCGUAAUAUUUAAAAUACAUAUAUUUUUUAUUGAUUUCAGAAAGGGGGGUGGGGGAGAGAGAAACAUCAAUGAUGAGAGAGAAUCGUUGAUUGGCUGCCUCCUGCACGCCCCAAUAACCCCGGGCACGUGCCCUGAUCAGAAUAGAAUCAUGACCUCCAGGUUCAUAGGUCAAUGCUCAACCACUGAGCCAUGCCAGCCGGACCAAAUAGUGUAACAUUGAAAAGACAGAAUAAGUCUUUUUUUGCACCACUUCUUAACUCUGGAGAGGCUGGGGUAGAUGGGAGGGGGUAAGAAAAGGGUCUGGA